UGCGUGGCAGCGGGCCGGGCGGCCGGGCAGUGGACUUCCCAGCCUGGGGGCGGCGGGCGCGCUUGGGCCCCGCCAUGCGGCCGCUGCUGCUCCUAACAGCGCUGGGCUGGCUGCUCCCGGCCGCGGCCAAGGACUACGCGAAGCCCGAGGGUAAAGACAACCUCUUGGUCCUCACAGUGGCUACAAAGGAGACGGAGGGUUUCCGCCGCUUCAAACGCUCAGCCCAGUUCUUCAAUUACAAGAUCCAGGCGCUGGGCCUGGGAGAGGACUGGGCCGGGAAGGAGGCAUCCGCAGGUGGAGGGCUGAAGGUGCGGCUACUGAAGAAAGCCCUGGAGAAGCACGCAGACGAGGAGGACCUGGUCAUUCUCUUCACAGACAGCUAUGACGUGGUGUUCGCCUCGGGCCCCCGCGAGCUCCUGAAGAAGUUCCGGCAGGCGAGGAGCCAGGUGGUCUUCUCAGCAGAGGAGCUCAUCUACCCCAACCGCAGGCUGGAGGCCAAGUACCCGGCAGUGUCUGACGGCAAGAGGUUCCUGGGCUCUGGAGGCUUCAUUGGUUAUGCCCCCAACCUCAGCAAACUGGUGGCCGAGUGGGAAGGCCAGGACAGCGACAGUGACCAGCUCUUUUAUACCGAGAUCUUCCUGGACCCAGAGAAGAGGGGCCGUAUUAACAUCACCCUGGACCACCGCUGCCGAAUUUUCCAGAACCUGGAUGGAGCCUUGGAUGAGGUCGCGCUUAAGUUUGAAAAGGGCCACGUGAGAACGCGGAACCUGGCCUACGACACCCUUCCCGUCUUGAUUCAUGGCAACGGGCCCACCAAGUUGCAGCUCAACUAUCUGGGUAACUAUGUCCCACGCUUCUGGACCUUUGAGACGGGCUGCGUGGUUUGUGACGAGGGUCUGCGUAGCCUCAAGGGCAUUGCGGACGAAGCUCUGCCCACAGUGCUGGUGGGCGUGUUCAUCGAGCAGCCCACACCGUUCCUGUCCCUGUUCUUCCAGCGGCUCCUGCGACUCCAAUACCCCUGGAAACAGAUGCGGCUUUUCAUCCACAAUCACGAGCAGCACCACAAGGCUCAGGUGGAACGCUUCCUGGAGGAGCACGGCAACGAGUACAGGUCCAUGAAGCUGGUGGGCCCCGAGGUGCGGCUGUCCAGCGCGGAUGCCAGGAACAUGGGCGCGGAUCUGUGCCGGCAGGACCGAGGCUGCACCUACUACUUCAGCGUGGACGCGGACGUGGCUCUGACCGAGCCCAGCACCCUGAGGCUCCUGAUCGAGCAGAACAAGAACAUCAUUGCCCCGUUGAUGACCCGUCACGGGAGGCUGUGGUCCAACUUCUGGGGGGCGCUGAGUGCAGACGGCUAUUACGCCCGUUCUGAGGACUACGUGGACAUUGUGCAGGGCCGCCGCAUUGGCGUGUGGAACGUGCCCUACAUUGCCAGCAUCUACCUGAUCAAGGGCAGCGCCUUACGGGCUGAGCUCCAGCAGCAGGACCUGUUCCACCACAGCAAGCUGGACCCUGACAUGUCUUUCUGUGCCAACAUCCGGCAGCAGGAUGUCUUCAUGUUCCUAACCAACCGCCAGACCUUUGGCCACCUGCUCUCUCUGGACAGCUACCAGACCACCCACCUCCACAACGACCUCUGGGAGGUGUUCAGCAACCCUGAGGACUGGAAGGAGAAGUACAUCCAUGAGAACUACACCCAGGCCCUGGAGGGGAGGCUGGUGGAGACGCCUUGCCCGGAUGUGUACUGGUUCCCCAUCUUCACGGAGACUGCCUGUGAUGAGCUGGUGGAGGAGAUGGAGCAUUACGGCCAGUGGUCUGUGGGAGACAACAAGGACAACCGCAUCCAGGGCGGUUAUGAAAACGUGCCCACGAUCGAUAUCCACAUGAACCAAAUCAGCUUCGAGCGGGAGUGGCACAAGUUCCUGGUGGAGUACAUCGCCCCCAUGACGGAGAAGCUGUACCCCGGCUACUACACCAGGGCGCAGUUUGACCUGGCCUUUGUGGUCCGCUACAAGCCGGAUGAGCAGCCCUCUCUGAUGCCACACCAUGACGCAUCCACCUUCACCAUCAACAUCGCGCUGAACCGGGUUGGGGUGGACUAUGAGGGCGGCGGCUGUCGUUUCCUGCGCUACAACUGCUCCAUCCGAGCCCCGCGGAAGGGCUGGACGCUCAUGCACCCCGGGAGACUCACACACUACCACGAGGGCCUCCCCACCACCAGGGGCACCCGCUACAUUGCUGUCUCCUUCGUGGACCCCUAGCUGGCCCAGCCGGCCACCUCAGCCCUUGUCUCAUUGCCAACGGUCACUGCCAGCAGCCUCUGGGGCCUCUGGAGCCUCUGGAGUCCAGCCACCUGGUGUAGCCUCCGGACUCUUCACUUCUCACUGUGCCUGGAGUCUCCUCGGAGAGGUGGGGCCACACCCGGGCCACACCGGAGGUGAAGAAAGCACAUCCUUGCAUGGUCCUGGCCUGGUGGUCCAGACCAGCCCUUGAGCCUCCGAUCACUUUCUUGGCUCUGUCGUAACUUGCCCUCCCACCCAUCCUCCUGAAAAGAAAAAGCCAUCUCUCUUCCUCCGCUUUUUAAUUAUUUGACCCAGAGCACUGCUCAGCUCUGGCUUAGGGUGGCGCCGGGGAUUGAACGCUGGAUUCGCAGGCCUGGAGGUCUUUUCGCAUCACCGUUAUGCCGCGGUUCUUCUCCCGUGGGCUGAGCCGAGAAGGGAGACUUGAGGGCCGAGAAAGCAUGCCCCAGAGUUUCUCCCGGGCACAGCCACAACGCCAGGGACUUCGGUUUCAAGUUUGAGGUGGACACCCAGGCCUGGAUCCACCUCGAGUGCCCAGCUGACCACACCGAGGCCAAAACCCUUCCCCCGUGGCUCCUGCCCUGAGCACAAGAGGGUGACUCAGAAACUUCACGGUGAGGAGGCUGGAAAUAUAUCGCUGUCACAGCUCCACCUCUGGUUUGUCUGCUGCCGCAGGCAGGCACUGCUGUGUCCACACUCUGCACUGCCCCUGAGGGAGCGGCAGCCCCAAACGGGUUUCUAUUAAAGGCCUUUGAACCAUG